AUGGCUGAAGCUAGGCUCGCUGUUGCGUUUCAGUUCGCCGUUACAGACGACGGGCAACUCAACGUCCACGUCGAUAAAGACGUAUUCCAUCGUGUAUUUCGUGCUUUGGUAAAGUCUGUCAAACGAAAGUACAAGUCAGCUAAACACAAUUUCUUAAAAUGGCAUUUCCCUGCAACUCCAAUGGCUUGGGUGCUGUUUUUCCUCGCGUUAGCUGCGGCCCGAAUUGGCGAACAUCAACCGACUUUAGGAAUUCUUGGCCGUGUCGAACAAGCGCUACCCGGGUAUGUGAUUUGAAAUCAAAAUAUUAGCGUAGAAAAAUACGAUAUUCCCACUACAUGUGUGUUUGGUUUAGAAACAGUAAAGCUAUGAAACAGUUGGAGAGCGACUUUUUAGGGGACAAAGUUCGUGAAUUUCGCAGCUUUCGUAAUAUUUCCGCUAUAAAAACGGCAACAAGCUGGGUUUUUAUCGAC